AAUUGAAUAUUACUCUUUAGUUUUUGGAGAUAACUAAUUAGUGAUGAAUCCUAGUGCAAGAUUUCAACCGGCGGGAGUAUGCAACCAAAUUAUCAAGCUAGAAAUGGUCAGCAGCAGUAUAUGCAGAGAGGGCCAGUGCCCUAUCAACAGCAAACACAGCAGCAGUGGCUUAGAAGAAACCACUUGCCAUUUACUGAUGAUGACGUUGAAAAGACUGUACAGUCCCAACCCCUUGACCACAGUUCACAAGAUUGGAAGGCUAGGUUGAAGAUACCACCAACUGAUACUCGAUAUAGAACAGAGGACGUGACAGCAACUAAGGGAAAUGAGUUUGAAGACUACUUUCUUAAGCGCGAACUGCUUAUGGGAAUUUAUGAAAAGGGCUUUGAGAAACCAUCGCCAAUCCAGGAGGAGAGUAUUCCAAUUGCUCUCACUGGAAGUGACAUUUUGGCUAGGGCCAAAAAUGGAACUGGGAAGACUGCUGCCUUCUGCAUUCCUGCUUUAGAGAAAAUUGAUCAAGACAAGAAUGUGAUUCAAGUUGUUAUUCUUGUCCCAACUCGAGAAUUGGCCCUCCAAACAUCUCAAGUUUGUAAAGAACUCGGGAAGCACCUAAAAAUUGAAGUCAUGGUUACCACUGGGGGGACUAGCUUAAAGGAUGACAUAAUGAGACUGUAUCAGCCAGUUCAUUUACUUGUUGGAACUCCUGGAAGAAUUCUUGACCUUGCAAAAAAGGGGGUGUGCAUUUUGAAAGAUUGCUCCAUGCUUGUCAUGGAUGAGGCUGAUAAGCUUCUUUCACCAGAAUUCCAACCUUCCAUUGAGCAGCUGAUCAGUUUCAUACCUGCAAAUCGCCAGAUCUUGAUGUUUUCUGCGACGUUCCCUGUUACUGUCAAGUACUUUAAAGAUAGAUAUUUGCACAAGCCAUAUGUUAUCAACCUCAUGGAUGAACUUACACUCAAGGGUAUAACGCAAUAUUAUGCUUUUGUUGAAGAAAGACAGAAGAUUCACUGCCUUAAUACUCUCUUCUCAAAGCUUCAAAUUAACCAAUCAAUUAUUUUUUGCAACUCUGUAAAUCGUGUGGAACUUCUUGCCAAGAAGAUUACUGAGCUGGGCUAUUCAUGCUUCUACAUUCAUGCCAAGAUGCUUCAAGAUCAUAGGAACAGGGUGUUUCAUGACUUCCGUAAUGGUGCCUGCAGGAACCUUGUUUGUACUGAUUUGUUUACUAGGGGAAUAGAUAUUCAAGCAGUCAAUGUUGUUAUCAAUUUUGAUUUCCCUAAGAACUCAGAAACUUAUUUGCACAGGGUUGGCCGAUCAGGGAGAUUUGGACACCUUGGUUUAGCUGUUAACCUGAUUACUUAUGAAGAUCGCUUCAAUCUGUACAGAAUUGAACAAGAACUAGGAACAGAGAUCAAGCAAAUACCUCCACAGAUAGAUCGAGCUAUAUAUUGCCAGUGAGCAGUUAGCUGUGGUUGAUGGUGCUGCCAGUAGAGAUGCCAGAUUUCACUUUCUGAAGGCGUACGUCUCCUGAGUUUAAAAGGACUUCUCAGAUUCACGGUUGCGAAACAACAAAGUGCAUAUUAGAUGUUGGGCUUCUAAUGGGUAAAGAAUCAAAUGGUACAUAUUGACACUCAAUCGGUCCUCAGUAACUGCCUAUCUUCGUUGAGCAUCUGGAUUAUGUCGAUUGGCAUUUGUAGUUGUUUCCUUUGCUCUGUAUGUCUGUUGGAAACUGUCAAGAGUAUUUGGCCUUUGUUUCUGUCCUUUGUUUCUGUCUGUGUUCGUCGUGCACAUGGGUUCAGUAUGUGGGCAUUGUCAUGGACAAGUGGUGCCUAAGGAUAUAAUUGAAAGUUCGAAACAUCUUAAAAUGAUUGAAAGGGGUUUGGCUGAAUUGAUUGUGAGAUGAGGAUCAGAUAUCCAAUAAAUAUCCAACUGCCCGUGGUGUUUACUGAAGUUUGUAUAACCUGUUUUUGAAGGGCUCUGCACUUCCUUUUCCUUUUAUGGUUUUUUCUGUUGUGUUGGGGUUUAGAACGAUCGACAAUGUUACUUUCUUCAUGGGUGCAGUAUUCGAUUUGGCUGAUUUUGAAGAGUCUGAUCCUAUUUUAGCGCUUUCUCUUCAUUUCUUGUCGAGGGAAACCUGUCGAUACUGUACUGUUUACCUGAUACCUUAAAAAAGAGAACUUUUUAUUGUAAAAGUUCGCCUUUUUGCAGCACUAAUUUUGGCUACAAGUUCCAUCAUUUUCCUUAUCGCGAUAACCAGUUGUUAACAGUCCAUAGCCUUCAAAGCUCAAACAUUAAAGAGCAUCUUAUGAUGCUACUCUUAUUAAAAUGAUCCGCUAUGAUAAUAACAUUUUUUGUGCUGUAUGAUGCUCCUACAUUGCGUAUUAACUUAGUAGCAUCUUAUACUACACAAAGU